GCGUCAUACAGGAAGAACGUUCAUUGUUUUGGCGUUUCCUGAUCUGCAUCUGACUCGCCGAUUAAAAAAACAACAACAAACAUCUGAAAGUCGAUACAUUUCAGAUAUCUGUCACCAUGACUCACUGGUUCCACCGAAACCCUCUGAAAGCAACAGCGCCCGUGUCCUUCAACCUGUAUGGAGUGGCAUCCAGCCCUGCUGCCAAUAAGAUCUGCAAUGACCUGAGAACGGCGCGGGCCAGGCUGCUGGACAUGUUCACAGAUGCCACGUGUACACCUGAGAUCAUGAAGAAAUCCAGUGAUGAAUAUUUUGCUCUUUUACAGGGUUUCAUUUUGCCGCUGGAUGGAACCACACAAGAGAACAAGCUUCGCUUUAUCCAGAACUUUAAAUGGACCAACACUUUACAGGGAAAUAUUGCAAGUGCUCAGCAGGAUGCAAUUUUUGAGUUUGUGUCAAUGGCGUUUAAUGUGGCCCUCUGGUACACUAAGUUUGCAUCCAGGCGGGCCGGAAAGGAAAACAUCACAGAGGACGAGGCCAAAGAUGUUCAUAAGAGUUUGAAAAUCGCUGCUGGUAUAUUUAAGACUCUUAAGGAGACUCAUAUUCCUCGUCUGAUCACUCCAGCAGAGAAGGGUCAAGAUUUGGAGCCCCGAGUCAUUGGCGCUUACAUUGUUCAGAGUCAAGCUGAGGCUCAGGAGGUGACCAUUGCCAGAGCCAUUGAACUGAAGCACAACGUCUCCCUGAUAGCAGCGCUGGCGUAUGAGACGGCAAACUUCUACCAGAGGGCGGAUCACACUCUCAACACGUUGGAUCCUGAAUGUAGCAGUAAAUGGAAGAAAUACCUGCAGCUCAAGCAGCACUUCUACAUGGCUUAUGUGAAGCACUGUUAUCAUGGACAGACUCUUCUUGCUGGUGAUAAGUGUGGAGAGGCCAUCAGAUCCCUACAAGAGGCUGAGAAAUGUUACUCACGUGCUGAAGCGUUGUGUAAAGAGUACCGUCAGAUGAAGGGUCGAAGCACGGCCAAACCCUCCGAACAGCUGUUCUUCAAGAAACUGGGGACGUUCAUAAAAAACACACUGGAGAAAUGCCAGAGAGAAAAUGGUUUCAUUUACUUUCAUAAGGUUCCUGCUGAAGCUCGCCUGGAGUUGAAGGCCAGUUACGGUUUGGCUGAUCCAACUCCAUUUGAACUCCGCUCUCAGGCUCAGUGCACGCCUGAAGUCUACGCGACCUUUGACCUCACUAGAGGCCCAAAAGAUGACAAGGCAAAAACAAAGUCUGAUGAAGAGAUUAAACCAGUGAAGGAGCCCGAUCUGAAGCCGCAGAAUGACACGGGCUGUGUUCUCUCCUAAGCGCCGGAGAACCUUCAACAUACAGGUCCAGCAUGUGCAGGAGAUGUAGAUGAGAGUCUGUUCUCUUUGCCUGUAAUCAAACACAGUUACUCUAUUCUAGUGUAAAUAUCUGCCCAAAUACAUCACAAUAUAACAUAGUGAUAUAACAGUGGAGUCUGUCUGUGUUUAGGUCUAUAGAAGACAGAAUUGAGUAUCCAGUCACAUAUCUGAUGGACAAUGAAUCAAUUAUGACUCUAAUGUAUAAUAUGACUGUUUGAUUUGCACUUGAUUGUCUCUCUGUAGUGUACUCCAGAUUAUUUAAAAGGUUGGUUGGGGUUUUGUUUUUUUUUCUCCAUUCAUUAGAGCAUAACUUAAUAUUUUUAGUAAUGUACACUUUAUGGCACUCAUUGCAAAAGACAAAAAAUGCAAAUAUUAAACCGUGUUUAAGAGUAAAUCUCACAAAGAUAUAUCCAGGUCAUAUUUCACCCCAAAAUCAAAAGAGAAAAAUAGGUCUGUUAAGAUUUGUUUGCAUUGUGACAUUAUUUUCAUAAACAUUUUACAGCCAAAUUCUAAUGGAAGGCCAAAUGACUCCAAAUUAAAUAAUUAAAUAAACAUUUAAACAAAUAAUUAAAUGCAUAAAAAUUUUUUUUUAAAACUAUAAAAUCAUCAAAUUAAUUACAACAUCACUAAAUAAAUCAAUAAACGUCCCUUGUAUUUAAAUUUAGCACUUUAUUGUGUCUAUUUUCAUUUACCUUUUCAGUGAUACAAAAAUCACUCAACGAUAAUGUAAUAAUUGUAUAACUUUUAAAUGAUUUCAUUUGCUAUUUUAUUUAAUUUUCAGGUGUUUAAUUAUUUAUUUAAAUGUUAAUUUAAUGAUUUUAUUUUGAGUAAUUUGGCUCUCCAUAAUCAUUAUUUAAAUGAUA